AAAAAUCAGUCGAGCCGAGCAGAAGCAUAGCAAGAGCGAAGCAAAGCAGAAGCACGAGUUGAGCAAACCAAAAGCAAGACAUUUAGAGAUACAAAGAACCUGAAGAAUCACAGUUUAACCACAGACAUUGUGUUCCACAAAGUGAAGUGUUGAUCUUGAAAGAACCCAUAAAAACAGAAAUAAAACAAAAAACAGUGAACAAAAUAGCUGGAAUGGCCACCUUAUCGACACAUCCCAAUUACGGUUUCCAUUUGGGCCAGGCCCAGGGAUUGGAGGACUACGCCCCGCAGGGUCAGCUCCAGCUGAGUCCCGGCAUGGACAUGGAUAUCAAACGGGUGCUGCACUACUCCCAGAGCCUGGCGGCCAUGGGUGGUUCGCCCAAUGGACCCACCGGACAGGGAGUGAACGGAUCCCCGGGCAUGGGACACCACAUGUCCAGCCACAUGACCCCGCACCACAUGCACCAAGCCGUGUCCGCUCAACAGACCCUAUCGCCCAACAGUUCCAUCGGAUCCGCCGGCAGUUUGGGCAGUCAAAGCAGCCUGGGCAGCAAUGGCAGUGGCCUGAACUCCGGUUCGGGUCACCAGUCCGCCGGAAUGCACAGCUUGGCCACAUCGCCCGGUCAGGAGGGUCACAUCAAGCGACCAAUGAAUGCUUUUAUGGUCUGGUCCCGCCUGCAGCGUCGUCAGAUCGCCAAGGAUAAUCCCAAGAUGCACAAUUCCGAGAUCUCCAAGCGACUCGGGGCCGAGUGGAAAUUGCUGGCUGAGUCGGAAAAGCGACCCUUCAUCGAUGAGGCCAAGCGCCUGAGGGCCCUGCACAUGAAGGAGCACCCGGACUACAAGUACCGCCCACGGCGGAAGCCCAAGAACCCCCUGACCGCUGGACCCCAAGGUGGACUGCAGAUGCAGGCCGGCGGAAUGGGUCAACAGAAGUUGGGAGCUGGCCCAGGAGCCGGAGCUGGAGGAUACAAUCCCUUCCACCAGUUGCCACCAUACUUUGCGCCAUCACAUCAUCUCGAUCAGGGAUAUCCGGUUCCGUACUUUGGAGGAUUCGAUCCGUUGGCCCUGUCGAAACUUCAUCAAUCGCAGGCUGCGGCGGCGGCGGCGGUGAAUAACCAAGGUCAGCAGCAAGGACAAGCCCCGCCCCAAUUGCCGCCCACCUCGCUGAGCAGCUUCUAUUCGGGCAUCUACUCCGGGAUCUCGGCACCUUCGCUGUACGCCGCCCACUCCGCCAAUGCCGCCGGACUCUACACAUCCUCGUCCACCUCAUCGCCGGGAUCCUCGCCGGGAACCAUCACGCCAAAUGGCAUGGAUGGCUCCAUGGACAGCGCAUUGAGGCGACCGGUUCCGGUUCUCUAUUAGAGCCGCGAUUUAGGGUAGAGUACAGAGUAGAGUACAAUUGUUGAAGCAUUCCCAAAGUGAUCCACUGGUUUUAAAUCUUCAAAAGCUCUAAGUAAGCCAAUCCUCCAAACCACUCCGCUUAAUUCUAGUACAAUCUUCGCGCACUUCAGAUCGUAGAUAUAAGGAAAAAAAACAAAAGCACACACACAAAACAUUCCUAGCCAAUACACAAAAACUAUAAACUAUAAUUUAUUUCGCGCACUCAACUACGACACGACAAAAUGAAAAAAACAAAAACCUAAUUGUAAAUUAAUUUUAUUUAGUUUUAAGCAUUGAGAGAGCGCAUCCUUCUUGUUGUUUUUUUCGCAUCAGCACCAACUUAUAAUAUAGCUCUUAGUUUUAAAUGUCUAACCCUCUCAAAUUGUAAAUACCCCAGCCAAUUUCGUUAUAGUGUCAGUGUAGCCCGAAAUGUGUGGAAAAGAAUAUACAUCAAUGUAUUAUUGUAUUAUUAAUUGUAUUAAAAGUAAACGUUAUCAUCUAAGCAAAAUGGUUCAUGAAAGCCAACACAAACAAAGACAUUUAAAAAUGAAUGAAUAAAAACAAAAUAACUUGAGAAAACCAAA